ACAGCAGCCGCUUCACGUGCUGAGCGCAGCCCGGUGACAUAUUCUGCUACACGGUGAUUUAUCUAAUUUUUUGUUAUGUUCUCUCAUCCGACCCGGGAGGGAUGCUGCUGCUGCUGUGAGGAAGCCCAGAGGUGAGCGCAGUUUCCUCCUCUCCCCUCCUCUUCCAAAGCUCCUCCUCUGUCGUCGGAGAGCGGUCACAGUUUUUUUUUUGUGUGUGGAUUUGCUCGAUGAGAGCAAGAGGGCACCGGAGAGGGGAGAGGAUUUCCGAAUUUCAACGCGCUGCCGUGCCGGAGCAUCCUGCUUUUUCCUCGCCUCCGAUAAAGAGGCUAAUAUGAAGACGUCAUUCGGCAAACCAGACCCUGGAAAGCACCAACAAUCGUUUCAACUCGUUCGAAACUGAAGACAGCACCAUGCUCUGUCUCCAGUAAAAACCUGCCCCGCACCCUCUUCCUAUCGAGCCACUGAGAGUGAGGACACUACGAGCUGCAUAGCCAUGGGUUCAGAUAAAGGCUGCAUGGAUACACAAGAGCGACGACCCAUAUUGGGUGCCGCCUGCAAGCGGCAGGGCCACCGGUGUCUGCGGAAAAAGCUGAGGCCCGUGCGAAUCUUGGGGUUAAUGGUCAGCCUUGUGGCCUUAAGUGCUGUCUCCUUCAGUGCCUUGACCAGGAGCUCAGGUGGUGUCAGUGAGCCGGUGCUCCCCCAGGAGAGUCUCCACCAGUCCGCCCCCCACAGAACUCUGCUGUUCAGCCAACACCAGAUGGACCCCAAUGCGUCAGCAGACGAACCAAUAGCCAUGAAAUCGACAGAUAAUAGCAACAAGAGCCAAGGGGAUUACCCACCAGACGCGUUCACCCUGGAGCAGCGGCGCCAAGGGGCGGUGGCCUUCCACAUGUUUGGCAUGAUCUACAUGUUCAUUGCCUUAGCCAUAGUGUGCGACGAGUUUUUCGUCCCGGCGCUCACAGUCAUCACCGAGAAGCUGACCAUUUCGGAUGACGUGGCGGGCGCCACCUUCAUGGCGGCGGGCGGCUCGGCCCCAGAACUCUUCACCUCCAUCAUCGGCGUCUUCAUCUCACACAGCAACGUGGGCAUCGGGACCAUCGUGGGCUCGGCCGUCUUCAAUAUUCUCUUUGUCAUCGGGAUGUGCGCCAUCUUCUCCAAGGAGAUCCUCAACUUGACAUGGUGGCCGCUCUUCCGCGACGUCUCCUUCUACAUCCUGGAUCUGAUCUUGCUCAUCAUCUUCUUCCUGGAUAACAUCAUCUCCAUGUGGGAAAGUAUCACGCUGCUCUCGGGCUACGCCGCCUACGUGAUCUUCAUGAAGUUCAACAGCAAUAUGGAGGGCUUCAUCAAAGGCUGCAUGAACAAGAAUCAAGUGGUAGAAGUGGCGGUGCAGCCCAAGGCGAGGCCUCGGCUGCAGAGGGGGGGUAGCUCCGCCUCCCUGCACAACAGCUUGAUGAGGAACAGCAUUUUCCAGCUGAUGAUUCACACGCUAGACCCACUAAGUGAAGAAUUUGCUGACUCUGAGCUUGGGACUUAUGGGAAACUAAAAUAUUAUCACUCAAUGACUGAGGAAGGUAAAUUCCGAGAGAAGGCGUCCAUCCUUCACAAGAUCGCUAAGAAGAAAUGCCAAGUGGAAGACAGUGAGAAGGCUAAUGGAGUGGCAAGCCGUUCAGAUAAGAACCUUCCGAACAGCUCCAGCGUGGAAGUGGAAGUGACACCACCCAUGAACGGAACGGCAGGGCAAGAGGGAGAGACGGCCGAGGAUGAGGAGGAAGAGGACCAGCCUCUGAGUCUGUCCUGGCCCGACACCAACCGCAAGCGCCUCACCUACCUCUUAAUCAUACCCAUCGUCCUCCCCCUGUGGCUCACGCUGCCUGACGUCAGGAAACCGACGGCAGCGAAGUUCUUCCCCAUCAGCUUCGUGGGCUCCAUCUGCUGGAUCGCAGGCUUCUCGUACCUAAUGGUGUGGUGGGCUCACCAGGUUGGAGAGACCAUUGGGAUUACAGAGGAGAUUAUGGGCCUGACUAUAUUAGCAGCUGGAACCUCCAUCCCUGACCUCAUCACCAGUGUCAUUGUGGCACGCAAGGGGCUGGGGGAUAUGGCCGUCUCCAGCUCCGUCGGCUCCAACAUCUUCGACAUCACAGUCGGACUGCCGUUCCCCUGGCUCCUCUGGUCCUUCUUCAACGGCAUGCAACCAGUGCAAGUCAGCUCCAACGGCCUCUUCUGCGCCAUCGUGCUCCUCUUCCUCAUGCUCCUCUUCGUCAUCAUCUCCAUCGCCGCGUGCAAGUGGCGCAUGAGCAAGCUGCUCGGCUUCAUCAUGUUCAUGCUGUAUUUCGUCUUCCUGGUGGUCAGCGUCAUGCUGGAGGACAAGGUCAUUGCCUGUCCGGUGUCCGUCUGAGGGACGAGCGGGCCGACUUCCUCUCCCACGCCGCCACCACCACAACCACCACCACCACUACCACCACUACAGCCAUCUUUACUGUCUGCAAUCACUCUCAGUUGACCUUUAUGAUCCUUUAACCCUUGAAUAAAAGAAGAACUGGAUGAGCGAUUCAAAUAAGAAUAUAGAGUAAGAAAAAGGAACGGACUGAUAUUUUCAGGAGGCAGGUGGUGGCAGGGAGCGGUUAAACCAAAAAGGGCACAAGACUUUGGCUUGGCUGAUUAAGCGUGGGCCGAACCUGAGUGGACUUUUAUUUACUAUAUUUAUUGAAUUGGCCGGUGAGGGGGAUUAUGGGUGAAUCCGCCAAAUAUAGAAAACAUUAUGCAUGCCAUUAGUGUCACUAGAAGGCCUGAACGACCUCCUGGGAACUUUGGGGGUUAGAAAAACAACAACUAAAGAUCCACUGAAUAAAACUCUUAAUUCUAAAUGCCGUGAUUGAGCUGAGACCCUGAGCAUAUUGGAACCAGUUCAACGGACUGAGAUGCUGUCUGCAAGAGCGAAGAGGAGUUUGGGGGAAUGACGGACUGCGUGGAUGAACAUUUUGUGUUUCCUGUCUGACGCUAUUCAGUGACAAGAUUCACCUGAGGGAAGAGAGACUGUUGCUUGGCAGACAAACUUCUUCUUUAUUUCUUUUCUUUUUUUUCCCGUAAAUGAAUCCGUGCUCUGUUUGAGUGACGGGUCUAAGCUCUCCCCUCCUCCCCGCCAGAUGUUGUUUUUCACCGCUGAAUGUUUCUUCGGAGGAGUCCCUUUAAUUUUUUUGGAUUCAUGAAAUAUAUAAAAGUAGCAGUAGUUGUACUGUAGCAGUAUUAGACGGUGUAGAGUCCUCUUGACAAUCUGCUCCUCUGUUUUGUUUUUCUUUCGCUCUGGACACACACAUUCUGAUUGUACAGACGUUUUCAUGCUUCACACACACCGACUGAUAACAGUGAGAAGACCGACGUUUAGCCUCUCAACAUAUACAGUAGCCUUCGAUAUCUUUGGGGGAGAAUAAAAAAAAAAGCUUGAGUAACUCAGGCUCAUUAAAGCUCCAUGAUGAAGUCGAUGUCAAAAAUAACAUAUUUGAGAAGAACUUAACAGUGUUUAAGCAUCAUGGUUGGUUUAGAUUAGUAGGUGUCUAGUGCUUUGUUCACAAUAGAACUGGGCUCAGCUCCAGCUCCUUGGGUCGUAGUUUCAAGGAGUCAACUGCAUGUAAAAUAAAAAAAACAAAAAACACACACACACCAAUCAACAUUUGAGAAGUCGUAUACCAAACAUUUUAAUCGACAUCUUAACGCAAAAGCAGUGCUCAGUCUCUGUGUAGAAAAUGUCAACGCGUGUGGUCAACGAUAUAUCUAUCGAAACUUGUGCAAUUUCAUUCUCUGAUCAAAGGUGCUUUCGUGUGCAUGUGUGCGUUCGGAGUCAUCACACAACGACCGUUCCUUCGAUGUAUCCACGAGUAGACGCGAUGCUGCAACUAGCUGCACAAAGAAAACAUGAAAAAAAAGAAAUACUAGAAACCAUAGUCACAAUCUCUCUUUAAGCUGCAUAGAGUGUGGAGAACACCGAUUUAACAGCAAUAUACCGUGCGUGUCCCUGUUGAGAACUGCACCCCCCGCCCCCUCACCCAUGCGUCUGUCCCCUGCUGUUCAACGUGGUCCACAAGGCCCCCCCCCCCUCCCCUGACCAUUUCUCCUAAAUCGGACCUACAACCCCCUUCCUGUUAGCUACGUGGCCAGUAACACCCGCUUUACCUCAACACAGCCACUGUACAGCAGCUUCGUAGGAAUACUGUAACUGUAACUGUAAAAUACUAGUAAAUAGAUUCUCCGAGUGCGUGAGGAAAAAAUGCAUGCAAGGAAUUUGGGCUGGUUACCCACCGACUGUACAGCUGAGCUUAUCCAACUAUGUAUGUUCACUUUUAUGCAUCCAUUCAGAGAUGAACACCUAAAAACGCAUUGGUUCUACUUUGUAAAUAUAAACCAACAUGUAUUGAAAUCACUUAUUAUUUAUGGUGAGCAAAACACAACACAAAAGCGUUUGUUUUUAGACUUCUCGACAUCCGAUUGACAUUAAACUGUAAACAUGCCCAUUCAGUUUUUGGUGAGAAAGGAGUAUGUAAAAUACCUCAUACCCACCUCGGAUUCAGAAGGGAUGCUGCCACCAGGGUUUUCUGACAUUUGCUUCAGUUUGGAAAAGAAAGAAAACCAAAUGGCGAUCCCUGCACAAAGCAAACUCGUAUGUUUAAGCUGUCAUUCACUGUGUGCUCUCAUUUUGUAGAUUCCCUUAAAACAUAUUCCACCAACGGGAUUUAACAAUUCAACCGAGGGCCUCCAGGAUGACUCAUGUGCUUUGUGAAAUUCUCCUGUGGUCAUUCGCCAAUUAACCUUCAGAGUGCCCACACGCUCAUCUUAACACGGCAACAACAUGGAAUAGUUGGGAAAUACACUUAUUCACUUUUGCUUUGCCAAAUAUUAGGUUAGAGGUAGGACGGAGUAGUAGGGCCACUCACAGGGAGAAUAAAGUUGUAGUAUUAAUAAUUUUAUAAGAAUAAAGUCGUAAAGUCAUUGAAAUUACAAAUGAAAUAUAGUUACUACAGCUUUUCGCAAAUGAUAAAGUACUUCAUCUUUCGGCUCAUCAGUAUCAUAUUAUAAAAGUAUCAGGACUUUGUGGAAGAUGAAAUAUUUGGUCAUGGUCGACUGUAAGGCUAUCAACAAUAACGUGUGCUAUUCAAGGGUUUUUGUAGUUUCUCAAGAAUUAAUGUGAUUGGUUAUUCAAGAUUUUGGAUCCAGAAUGAGUCAAACUGGCUAGCACGUGUUCUCCUUGCUGCUCAUUUCCUAUUCUUAUAAUAUUAUGACCUUUUUUCUAGUAAAACUACAACUUUUUUCUCAUAAAAUAUUACUUUAUUCUCAAAUACGACUUUAUUUUCGUAAUUCUACGACUUUAUUCUUAACUACUCAACUACAACAUCAAUCUUGAAAUCCCAGGCUUUUUUAUUCUUAAAUAAGGUCCUAAUACUCCGUCGUAAGUACAUUAGCACUCUAUUGUCUAUAAAAUAGGUCUACAUAAAGAACUGGACACAGGAGGAAACCAAAGUAACUCUUUCACUGUUUCCUGCUUAAAUAAGCUAACUAUUUGCAAGCAUGACAGUGGCUUCAGUCUUUUCUUCUGACCUUUGGCGAGAAAGUGAAUAAACUUUUCGCAACUUUUGCUGAAACAAGUGAAGAGAUCAUUUGUUCAAGUAUGGUCGACCUUCCAUGGUCACACAUGCAUUCUGUGUCUGUGCACGAAACCCUUUCACGACAACACUUUUCUUUCUUUCUCUAAAGUUUCCAUGAAGUUUUUUGUGUGAGAGCAUGAAUGGUGAGAAUUAUAAAAAAAGGAAAAAAGCUAAAACCGGUUUAGCACGAGAGCUUGUUGGCAUUGAUUGUGGUUUCCAGGGUAAGGGAUUGUGAAAGUUGGCCACUUGUGAACAUUCUUGCACUGUAAAUGUUUUAUUUUCUCGGUGUUAAUGUAAGAUUUAUUUAAGGUGUACAUAUAUACAGAUACAAAUUAACCGAUAUAUAAUCUAUAUGUGUAAAAGAAAUAUGUCUCUUUAUGUAAAAACACAAAGUAUAUAAUAUAUCAAAUAAAGACAAUUGA